GUUUAGGGGAGACAUAAAGAGCUGGCGUGCCUAUAGUCACCUAGGGGCUUUCUUUGGAAUACCACAACUCUAUGAUCGUGAGGGGAACCGUCUAGAUAGCUAUACAACAGACCUCCCCUCUAAGAAAGAACAUCAAAACACCCUUCCGGAGUUACAAAUUGAGGGGGACUUCUAUAAUAAGUCAGUCCAUGUCUUUGAUGGUGCUCAGGGUAACAUUAUAUAUAUCCGAUCAGGACCCAGUGAUGCUGGUGAGGUAUCGGUUCAUACAGAAAAGGUUGUUGUAAAGCACACUUCAACCAAGAAACAUAUACCUCAUAGGUAUACAUCGUAUAGUAAAUACGCUUCGAGCAAGCACAUUUCAGAUACAGAUGAUGAAAGCUCGGAUCUCAAAGAGGCCAUUCAUGCGAAGCACGCUCGAAGCUAUAAGUCUUCGUCUAAGAGGCAUAUUGCUGUUAGGCGUACCCGAGUAGGAUCUGACUCGGAAGAAAGUUCGGACCCUGAAGAGGUUGUCGCUAAGAAAAAGCAUAUUCGUGCUAAGCACGCCUCGGGCAAAGAGCGAAAGAAAGCAAAGAAGAUGCUACUUCCUUCCGACGAAGAUUCAGAUACUCUAGUAGAGUCUAGCACAGACGGUGAAAGCUCUGAGUCGGAUUUCGUUGCCCCUAAGCCCUCUCGCAACAAGAAGAAAGCUCCAACCAAGUAUACUUCAAGCAAGAGGAAGGCCUCUACUAAAAAUACAAGGAGGGCAGCUAAAUCUGUGUCCCCUCCCUCGAGCGAGUCCGAUUCAACUGAAGAAGAAUCUGAAGAAGCAGAAGAGGAUAGUUCCAACGCUGAAGAGGUCCCUGCUAAAAAGGAGCCCAGGAGGAACUUGGAAACCAUCCAGAUGGAUGGUUAUAGGGACGAUGGUUGGUCCAUCCACGAAGAUGGCACGAUCUGCUUCAUGAAGGCAAAAGGUAGCUCUUCACGGAAGAUAGCCCAAGAACUCGAGCGGGAAGUAUCAGAGGUUCAAAUACGCAUACAGGAGAUCAUGGAACUAGCCGAGGAAGGCGGGCUCACAAUUGAGAGCCUUGGUGAGAUCUACGCUCAGGAUGUGAAGAAGAAGAUGAAAAAGAGAAAAGAAGAUUCCAGGCCAAAACAUCAAGCCUAUGCAGAGACUGUCAUUGAUGACUCCGAUGAAGAGCCCAAAAUAAAAAGUAAAGACAAGGGGCCUAGCUCUAUUUACUCUUCCUCCUCCAUCGAGUCCAUCCUUUCCUACGCAACCUUCCCCCCGAUCGUCGUGCCAGCACGUGACCGCCCCGAUAUGAUGCACACAUUGUCGCGUCUAUAUCCCGACCAAAAGGUCUUCUACCCGGACAGCAACUUCAGCGUCCAGGACUGCCGCGCCCUCGCCGUUGCCGAAGCGCGGUACCGCGGCCAACAGUACGCCUACAUUCAGAGCGAGUUCGCCAACCUUACGGGGCAGUGCUUGGACACCGAGGUGCUGAAGGCCAAGCUUGCUCAGAGUAUAAACCCUUACGACCACACUUAUGUAAAUUGGGGUGGGUACCGGCAGUAGUUAUUAGAGAAUGGCUCUUGGAGAAUAAAGAACUUUGGGGGAAGGAAAGACAACUGGAGGGAAUUCAUGGGUAGGUGGUGGCCUUGCUGGGGAGUAUUGAACGAGGGGUUCAUGAGGUUCCAUAGAGGAUUUUGGUUCGCAGGACCGACUUUGGCUUUCCAAACAAGAAGGAUAUGAACAAAUUUCAUUCCUAGAGUGUAUGAGCACAAGAAUGCUCCUCGAUGGGCCUGGGUGGGGUAGGGAAAGAGGCCUUGGUUGAGUUAUAGUUGGGUUGAGCUCAUCCGGGCAAACAACAGCCUAGUACAUAUAUUAUAUUAUAUCACACUUACAU